UGCGGAAGAGCCAGUGCGCACCUCCCCAUAAUCUGGUUGAGCAGCGUCGCUGUCUUUUCAGCACCACUCACUGACAACCCAACCAACCGGAGAGGCAAAACAGGCUAAACUGACUUCCCUACCUGCUGUGGAUUUUUUCUCUCUCAAGAUAACAAAUCAGUACAACUUUUUUUGUCUUUCGCUAAAGGAAGACAAAAAAAAUCAAUCAAAUCAAAUCCUGAUACCGAGUUUCCACCUGCUGAAAGUAAGAAUUCAGAUUUGUUGGUGUCUUUGUUUCAAACAGGAGCGACCAUGUGUUUGGUGGAUGUAUGAUUUUAUGAUUUUUCACUGCGGAUUCACAUUUGUUUUCCUCUUUAUGGUUUCACUUUAAUCCAUGUUUGGUAGCCUAUUUUUAUCACACUUUGAAAGUGUAGAAAAUGUCCGCAACCGCUUCAAUUAACGAGCUGUUGUUGAAAUAAGUUUAUUUUUUUACGGGGGAUUUUAAACGUUCAGUCAGUAAUUUUCCUUUAAUAACGUGGGAUUUGCUUAGGUCUAUCUAGUCGGGAUGCUGACUUUAGUAGUUGGACUUUUGUACCUGGUCAGUGGACGUACCGUGAGAAGCCAGGAGGCUACAGGUAGCCGCUUUGUGUGCAACGCCAUUCCCCCGGGCGCCGAGCCGGGCUGCGGCUAUGGUCCUACGGGGAACCGUGUCCAGAGCAGCAGCCCCGUGGAGGACGAGCUGCGGAACACGAUCAUCCAGCUCCGGGAGACCAUCCUACAGCAGAAGGAGACCAUUGUGAGCCAGCAGGGGACCAUCAAGGAGCUCAACUCCAAGCUGGCGCGCUGCGAGGCGGCAGCCGACGAGUCGCCGCAGGGCAAGUCCCGGGGUCAGGGCUCCAGACGGAAGGAGUACGGCAAGAACACCAUGGGGGACCUGCCCCGGGACCCCGGCGAGACCAUAGACCAACUGGGCAAGACCAUGCAGAGUCUCAAGGGUCGGCUGGAGAACUUGGAGCAGCAGAGUUUGCGCCUCCCCAGCACUAAUGUGUCAGCUGGAGGUGUCUCGGCCCUGACUCCCCUGCCACUAGAGCUGCGGGAGCUGCUGCGGCAGCGGCUGGGGGCGCUGGAGACCCAGCUCCUCCGGAAGGUGGCCGAUCUGGAGGAAGAGAAGAGCCAGCUCUACAAUGACACAGCGGCCCACCGACAACGCACAGAGAGCGCUCUCAAUUCCCUCCUGGAGAGGAUCACUGAGCUUGAGAAAAAUAACAAUGCCUUCAAGUCACCUGAGGAUUUCAAGGUGUCUCUCCCUCUUCGCACUAACUACCUGUACGGACGCAUCAAGAAGAGCCUCCCUGAGAUGUACGCCUUCACUGUGUGCAUGUGGCUCAAGUCCGGAGCCAGUCCCGGCAUAGGAACCCCGUUUUCUUACGGAGUGCCAGGCCAGGCCAACGAGAUCGUCCUCAUCGAAUGGGGGAACAACCCCAUUGAGCUACUAGUCAAUGACAAGGUUGCCCAGCUCCCUCUGUCAGUGAGUGACGGGCGGUGGCACCACAUCUGCAUCACCUGGACGACCAGAGACGGUUUUUGGGAGGCUUACCAGGAUGGCGAGCGUCUAGGCACCGGGGACAACCUGGCCCCCUGGCACCCAAUUAAACCUGGAGGGGUGAUCAUCCUGGGCCAGGAGCAGGACGUAGUUGGAGGCCGUUUUGACGCCACCCAGGCCUUUGUGGGCGAGCUGAGCCAGUUCAACAUGUGGGACCGAGUACUGCGGCCCGUGGACAUCAUGGGUCUGGCCAAUUGCUCAGCUUACAUGCCUGGCAACGUGGUUCCUUGGAUUGAUGCAAAUGUGGAAGUGUUUGGUGGUGCGAGUAAAACUGCUCUGGAGAUCUGUGAAGAUCGUGCUUUUGAUUCCUAAAGGAUCUGAUGUAAGGAAAUGCAGUAUCGCCUCUGGGUUCGAGAUUCUGGCUGUGUGUUGCUUCAGUCAAUCCCCAAAGAUAGGGGUACCAAUGCAACAUUUUUACAUAUUUAUACGGUAUGACUGCGCAGUCUCAAAGACUCAACCUUUAAGGAACUCUGUUGAUAUGUCCAUUUUAUUUGAACCCUGAGGACAUUACAGGAGACUUCAAAUCAGUGUAUUCAUCUGAAGAAGAUAUGCUGUUGCAUCAGUCUACUGUAAUAAUAGGACCCACUGUCAUUCUGUGCUUUCUUUUCAGUAGAUCAGCUUUUGUUUGACUCCUCUUUGAAAACAGCUCUUUUCGGUUGCAUUCGUUAUACUGACAAUGCUGCACUGUAUUUGCAGUGAAUGUGAUCUCAAACAGGCAUUGAUGUGCUGUGGAACACUAUUCCCGU